AUGCUCAGCGUCAAGAGCCAGGCAUACUCGCCCGAGUACUACAAGACAAUCGGGAGGAUCAUGCAGUGGCGCCGGCGGUACGUCAGUGAGCGUUGCAUCUUCAUCCACCAUGACGAGAUGGCCGAGCUGCUGCGCGGCCUGGGCGCGGUCGAGGAAGACUUUGCCCGGCUCCAGGUUGUGAGCGAGCACCUCUACGCGGACCCGACGCUGCCGUUCCGCAAAUCGAGGAACGGGCGGUUCUGCAUCGACUUUGACACAAAGUCGGUGCGCCGGCUCGAGUUUCAACCCUUUGCGCUGUCGACCGAGGAAGACUUCAAGCGCUACGACUCGGACAAGGUUCGCAUCUUUGACGAGAUCGAGGACGAGCUGCAGCUCAACUCGGUGCUGCAGGCCCUGAUGGCGUUCAAGGCCAUCAUGGUUCACGGCGUCGAGACAGAGCACCGGCCCAAGAUGGACUACUCGGGCAACAAGUGGGUGUGCACCCUCUUCAACGUCCGCACAAUCACUCGGCCUGACCUCCUCGGUGAGCCGGCCCUCGAGGGCGUCCACACUGACGGCGUCGACCACACCAUGACGACGUUUCUCGGCAGUAAGAACAUGGCCCCGCACAGCGCUGUCACUCUCCUUCACGACCCGAGCGAGACUACGGGCAUCUCGUUCGACCAGGUCACGCCCUCCAAGAUUCACGCUCGUGCCCAGCACCGCCACUUCCUUGACACCCUGCUCGUCACGGACCGCGAAUACAAGCACAGUCUCUCUCCUGUCUUCCCGCAAGACAGCACCCUCGAGUCUACCCGCGAUAUGCUGGUCUUCUUCACCCGCAAGCCGGUCACGGACGACCACAUCUCUGCCUCAAUCGACUCGCUCAAACCACACCGGGGUAUGCCCAUGGAAGUGCCGAUUUUCAUCCCUGAGAGCGAGGAAUAA